CUAUCUGUCUCUCACCAAGACAGCGUAUUUGCAAGUGCCAAUUAAUCAACUGUUCUCCCAUACCUCCCACUUUCCUUACUUUUUGCACCAAUUUCUCCCUUCACCCGCUUCUUGUACUACACACUCUCCUACUACACUCCUGCAACAUUACCAAGCAUAUCACUCGCAUCACUCCCAUAUAGCUGCACUCUACUUUCGUGUUCUCGUUCCCUUCAUAUUAAUCCCAGGGCACUCUAGCAUGAAAAUUACCUUACUGACUGUUUUCAAAUUGGCAAGUUGAACGUGGAUAAGAUGCCUCGACGCAGAGGACAGAGCUACCCUACUAUCUCGUUGUCGGUACCCGAAAACGAUGACACCGAUCCGAUCAACAUAUCAUCUUUUAGAGAGUUAUUUACCUUCAGUUGUUACGAAGACGAGAUAGAAGACUCUCAUACAGAUCACUCGGAUAUCGAGAGCAACCGAGCUACAGUCGAUUCGUCUGAGUUUGCAAUGACUGCAAGCAGCAAUCUGCCAGCACCUGUACAAGCCCACAAUUCCUUCGAAGCCAUCACCGAGGAUAGUUCGGACAAUGAGAAUGAUGACGAAGACAACGAACACGGCAGCGAUACGACUCCUGACCCGCGUGCCCUUAUCAUACCUGGAUGUCCUCCAUCGGCUGGAAACCUUCAUCAAGAAAGCCGCAAAGUGUGGAACAUUUAUGGUGUUUAUCGCCCUGAGCUUUACUUUGAGAAUCUCUGCUAUGCCGCGAUUGAACAAGGACAGCUCGGUUCAAUCAAGUCGGCCCAAUUCGUUACAGAUGUCGACACCCUCUGGGGUCUUUUUGCCACCCUGCACAGUAAAGUGUCUGGCUACAAACACGGAGUCCAGAGCAAGAAGCAAAAGGGCCUUUGGAUGGCCGUGGAAGUUGUCGGACAUACAAUAUUUAUGAAGGCUCUAAAUCUUCACCACUGUGAUGAUUGGGUUGCGAAGGCCGCGACGGACCACCUGAAGAAAGACGGAAUGAAGUGGUGUAACAGAGCGGCGGUGGAAGGAGGCUGGACUGAGCCACAGAAGCCUAAGGCAUUCAACCGCGUAAUUUCCUAUACCUUCGGCGAUAUUGGCAUGGUUGUCCAAGAUGACCAUCAAAUGUUGUUGACCAACCAUGUAUGCCAAGCACUCGACCAUGGUGUUGUUAAGGGACCAGACGGUUUGGAAUAGGAUGCCAGCCGUUCCCACCAAUACACCAGUCCGGCGUACAUGGCAUUCCGAACACGGGGAAUCAGGCAUGAGGCUACACAGUUCUUGGCCCGUAAAGUUCCGCUCAAGCCAGGCAUGGAGAAUGAUGUUCGUCUAAUGUCUUACUUGUGGCUAUCGCAAAGCCGAAAAGCAUUGGUGUUCGAAUACAACCAGAACAGGGGGU